GGCCCUCAUUGGCCUGGUCGCUGUGGAGGCGGUGAGCGGCGGGGUUAAGCGGGUCGCCGCGCCCGGACUAGGCUCAAGCCUGGAUCUCUGAAUCGGCGCCAGGGAUCUGGACCCUCCACCCUACGCGAUGGGUCCCCACCUCUGCAUGUACCGCGCAGCCCUGCUACCGGGUAGCCUCCUGUUCCUCCUGCUGCUCUCAGACCCGGCGCUUCCAACCGGACGUCCUCCUCCGGUGGUCCUGGUGCCUGGUGAUUUGGGCAACCAGCUGGAGGCCAAGCUGGACAAGCCGAAGGUCGUGCACUACCUCUGCUCCAAGAAAACGGACAGCUACUUCACACUCUGGCUCAACCUCGAGCUGCUGCUGCCUGUCAUCAUUGACUGCUGGAUCGACAACAUCAGGCUGGUCUACAACAGGACGUCCCGGGUCACCCAGUUCCCCGACGGUGUGGACGUGCAUGUCCCCGGCUUCGGAAAGACCUUCUCCCUGGAGUUUCUGGACCCCAGCAAAAGCAGCGUGGGUUCCUAUUUCCACACCAUGGUAGAGAGUCUAGUGGGCUGGGGCUACACACGGGGUGAGGAUGUCCGGGGAGCCCCCUAUGACUGGCGGCGAGCCCCAAAUGAAAACGGGCCCUACUUCCUGGCCCUCCAGGAGAUGAUCGAGGAGAUGCACCAGCUGUAUGGGGGCCCCGUGGUGCUGGUUGCCCACAGCAUGGGCAACAUGUACACACUCUACUUUCUGCAGCGACAGCCACAGGCCUGGAAGGACAAGUAUAUCCGUGCCUUCGUGGCACUGGGUGCGCCCUGGGGGGGCGUGGCCAAGACCUUGCGCGUCCUGGCCUCAGGGGACAACAACCGGAUCCCGGUCAUUAGUCCCCUGAAGAUCCGGGAGCAGCAGCGGUCUGCUGUCUCUACCAGCUGGCUGCUGCCCUACAACUACACCUGGUCACCCGAGAAGGUCUUUGUACACACGCCCACGGCCAACUACACGCUGCGUGACUAUCAGCGGUUCUUCCGGGACAUUGGCUUCGAAGAUGGGUGGCUCAUGCGGCAGGACACGGAGGGGCUGGUUGAAGCCACAGUGCCACCCGGCGUGCAGCUGCACUGCCUCUACGGCACGGGCGUUCCCACGCCAGACUCCUUCUACUACGAGAGCUUCCCGGACCGAGACCCUAAAAUCUACUUUGGUGACGGCGAUGGCACUGUGAACUUGGAGAGUGCCCUGCAGUGCCAGACCUGGUGCAACCGCCAGGAACACCCCGUGGCACUGCAGGCGCUGCCAGGGAGCGAGCACAUUGAGAUGCUGGCCAACGCCUCUACCCUCGCCUACCUGAAACGCGUGCUCCUUGGGCCCUGACUCCUGUGCCAGGCAGGACUGUGGGACGGCUUGGCCACAGCUGCUUCUCUUGGCUUCCGGGGCUGCCGUGGCCCACAAGGUUUAGUGGUUUGUGACUGACCUUCCUAGGCCAUAGGUCUUGGUUGUGAAACGUCUGCCAUCGGGAAGUGCUGUUUCUUACACUUUCUCUGGGAGUGAGGGAGGAAGAAAUAGCCUGGACUCACCGGAGGGACUCGUAAGGGAAAGAAUGCUGCUGUUGUUGGAAUCAGUGCGACCUCAGGACUGGCCGCCCAGGUGGAUUGGCUGGCAUCUGGAUCCAGUCCCCAACUCAGGGGCCAUGUGUUUCUCCUGUUUCACAUUUGCCCACCAGCCCCUGGCCCCUCAGACAUCCUGUGAGGGAUGUGACUGAGCUGUGGUCCCUGCCCCCAAAGAUCCCAGGGAUGGGCUCCCGCUCCCUAGGGCGAUCCUUCCCACACACUGGCCACAGGAGGCUGGAGCUGCUGGCUUCCCUGUGGCCCGGCUGCUCAACAGCCUGACUGUAGCUUUCUGGGGGCAGCCAGGUUUCCCCUGCGGGCAGGGGUUGUUGUGUAAUCUGUGGUUCCCCGGCCCUGGGGCAUUCACUCCUACCUCCCUCACUUCCAAGAAGAGCUGAGCUCUGAAUUGGGCAGCAGAUGGCACCCCAGUUCUGCAGGCUGCAGCCCACGAGCUCUGACCCCCUUGGCUGGGUUAUUGCCCACAGUGUUGAUGCUGGCUCCUUUCGCCCUGGGACUGUGCUUCAAAGUCAGGAGCAGGACCCAGUGCCACGGCCUUUUAGAUGCUGGUGAAGAGAGAAAACUCAAGAGUGGGCCAAGGCACUCAGAGCUUCACUGAACUGCCCUCUUGCUAACCCCCCACCACAUUGCCACCCUACCGGAGGGUUUCUCUAGCACCCAAGUGGGCUGGCACAGGGCUGAGAGGAAGGGUUCCUGCCCAUCCUGCCCGGCACCUACCUCCACCAGGCAGCUUGGUGGUGUUUAGUCUUCGGGGACUAACUCAGAAACUCGAGUGGGCCCCUGUGAGAGCCAGGUGCCUUGGAGCCCCUCUGUGGGUGAUCUGUCUGCCUCAGAGAUGCUGCAUAGGUCUUCCUGUGACAGCAGGGCGAGGAGUCUGUAUCUGCCUUGGCGGCAGUGCUCUCCAAGUGGGCCACAGCCAGAGGCCAAGACUUGGUCCUAGCCUCCAGGGUGGGGACCCAAAGCCACAGUCAUGCUGGAGUGGCUGCUCUCUCAGAAGGUUUCUGUGGCGCUGGAUUUUCACUCUUGUGAACAUGCCCAGCCUCUCUCUCUUCCUUCGUUCCUGAGUGGUGGGCCCCAUAUCGGGCUCUGAGCAGGCUGCACCUCGAUUAUGGCAAUAAAAGUAUUCUGGAUGCUGUAAAGUGCCCUGGCCUAGGCUGCCCUCUGAGCAUGACAGGAGGGAGCUAGUGGAGAGGUCGGGGGGCUAGAGCAGCAGGUAAACGGAGGCUAGACCUUUCCUGGGGCCUUGAUGGGUUCUCUCAGCACUGAAGCGUGGCUCCUAUGCACCACUUUGGUGGUGGCCUCUCUCCCAGAAUCCAGUUCCCCUCCUAGGACUAAGAACCAGCAACUGAAACAUUCCUGUUGGAAUGCAGCUCCUGCUCCUGCCUGGUCGGCAUGCCACCCCAGAUCUGGGUGCCACAAACAGUCCUACAGGUCACCCUGGCUGGACUCCCCUUCCCAGCUUUUUCUCUCUUAGUUUGCAGGUCUUGGCAUCCUUUGAACCUAGAGUUCGUCUCAGGACACCACCCUUAUACUUUGUUUCAGCUCAUCUGUCCACCAUCUGUUCUGCUUUGGGGACGGAGUGAGACUGAGGGAGGAAGAGAUUAGGCUGAGACUGGUAUGGACAGAGGCCAAGAUGGGCAGAGAUGGACCGACAGACUGGGGCCACGUGGAAAUGGAUAAAGACAGAGAAACAGAGAGUCUGAUACUGAGAAACAUGUAUAGGGAUUGGGUCCAGGUGUGGAUUCUGUGAUGUGGAGCCCAGAGCCAGCCAGGGGCCAGUUGGGGAGGUGGGAGCUUCAGUUCCUGCCUCUACAGAGUAAGGCCAGCCUGGGCUUCAGGCUUUGAUACAUGCUGGGAGCCACUAGAGGGCGCGCUGAACCCUCUAACGGCCCUAGUUGGUGGCCAAACCUGGAGGAAGCAUUGGUCCAGAGAGGGUGAGGAUGCCUGAGGAUGCAGAGGUCCAGCUGCUUCUUUGAUCUUGGUAGAAGGAUGACAACAUGAAAGUGAGCAAACUACCACUCUCAGGCUCUGCCCCGCCUGACUCCCAGCUUUGCCCUGACACCCACCCAUCUAUGCCACACCCUUGUGGUGGCCUUGGAGCCACCCAUUCCCCCGUGAUGUUUCAGCCAGACUGCCACCCUUUGUUUCACAGCUGCAGAGAGGGCUUGGGGUCAGUCUCCUUGUUAUUGGACAGGGAUCGGGCUGGAGCAGGGCUGCCUCGGGCCAGCCUGCAGUGUGUGAGUUCUCGACUUCGUGUGGGGCAGAUUUCACAGCACAAGUCCAGGUGAGUUUAAGAAUACACUUAUUAAAGCUGGGGAUAGUGAAACAAGGAAGGCCUCAGGAUAGAAGAAGCAACAGGAGAGAGCCUAGGGGGGCUGCUCUCGCUCCCUAGAAAAGUUAUGGGAAGGAAGUGAGCCGAGGCGGGGCUGCUCCCAGUUCAUUGGACAGUCAGAGACAGGGGGCCUUGGGAAGCCUCGGGUGAGCUGCUGCUGCCCAUUGCUCCCCUGGUUACAAGUCUCGUGGCUUCCCUUAGAGUUUAGGAGAUGCAUGCCUGUGGGGGAAGAAGAGGGAGAAGGGAGAGGUGCAGGUGUGUUCCUGGGGGAGAGAGCCACGUUGGGUCCUCUGGCUUGAGGAUUUUAAAGGCUGGGAGUUGAGGGCGACCUGUUUGCAGACUGGGUGGUGGCACUGCGCUCGGCUAAGCUUAAAGAGACUUGUGCUCUCCCUGCCGCCCCUCACCAAGGAUGGAGAUCCCACCCAUCCACUGCCCAGGCUCCAGGGUGGCCUUGGUGGUGCAGAACUGCGUCAACUACCAUCAGGGGACACCACCCCCCAGCCCGCGCCCACCAGGUGUUUUUGGUGCAAACAAGCCAGCAUGGAGGAUAUUCCAGGAAGAAGACAUCAGUAUUGCCUUAAGUUUUCUGUGGAAGAAAUGAUCCAAAAACAAGUGAUAGCGAACUACGCAGCUGAAGUACUUUAUCCUCCAGAUACUGCACCAGAAGUCACCUUUACGUUUGAAGGAGAAAUUGGGAAGAGCCCAGAUGAAGAAGAUAACACAUUUCACUAAAAACUGAAGUCCAUAAAGGAACCACUAGAACCACAAAAUAUUCCAGACAGUUUUGGAAAUGGUAUCUCCAGCAAUGAAGCCAGUUCAACGUUUAGCCUGAAUUGGCUGUGAUUGUAUAAUCUGGCGGAGUUCUGCUGAAAACACAAGUUAUAAAAUGGUAAAAGUUCAAACUGUCAGGCAAGUGCAAAGAAGUGAUGACUUCGUUGAGUUAGACUACACCAUUCUCCUUCGUGACACUGCAUCUCAGGAGAUUAUUCCUCGGCAAAUGCAGGCUGUCUGCCAUUCACAGUAUGGUACUAAAAUAAAACAUAAUAGCCGUCUGCCAAAAAAAAAGCACAACUGAGAGAAAGAAGGACCCUAAUACUGGGUGAAGUGUCAGUAUGCUUGUUAAUGGUGUGUAUGCCAGUCUCCAUGCUAUCUAGCCCAAGGGGCCAAACAAAUCCCCAAGUGUCACUUUGUAUAAAUGUCUUGAUUUCAUCACAGAACUGUAUAGCUUCCAUAAUAAAGAGUGUCGUGAUGUUAAAGUGUCUUAAAA